AUGGAAAGAUACCGUGCGGCAUCGCUCUUUCAGCCCCCGAGCCUGGUCAAGGCGCUAGAGGAUACUAUGAAACUGGGACCUGGUCAUUCCACACAUUUAAUGGGUACUAUCGUCUCAAUUCCACACACAAUCUCUGCCCGCACUCUUGCAGUAUUGGGCUAUGAUUUUGUGAUGAUCGACGCACAGCAUACGCCCAUCGAAGCCGAGAACCUCGUUCGCUUGAUUCAGACUGUUAGCCUCUCCAGCCAGGGGAGGACUGUACCGAUCUGUCGAGUACCAUCCACUCAAUCACACCUAUUAACCUAUGCGCUUGAUGCGGGAGCGGCAGGCAUCAUUUUUCCGCAUAUCGAUACGCCUGAGCAAGCUGCUGAAGCUGUCAGAAAGUGUCGGUAUGCGUACUCAGGCGGUGAUCGAUCUCUCGCUCCAGCGGUAUUAGUCCCUGGCGUUACAGAUAUCGCACCGACAGGAUCCUCGCAUGCGCAUGUAGCCGAUGAUAAUCUCGCAGUGAUCAUUCAGAUCGAGAGCCCGCUUGCACUAGAAAAUGCGGACGCUAUUGCUGCAGUUCCCGGCGUGAACGCAUUAAUGCUUGGAGCUGGGGACCUCCGAGUCGCUAUGCGCCUCCCGCAACAACUGGGCGUCCCUGAAGAUCCUAAAUUGAUGGAAGCAAUAGAUCGAUUGGUGAGAGUGUCACGGCGGCAUCAGAAGCCGUUGGCGGUGGUGACUUGUAAGGUGGCUAAUACCACUAAUGAAUGGCUGAAAGACUUUCAGCUGUUGAUGUUAACAUCGGAUUAUUUAUCUGUUGUUAAGGGCCACAAGGAGGAUUUAGCGCAGAUGACGAAGAACAUUGCAGAGCUGCACGGCUUAAGGAAUUGA